ACUGGAGAUCGAAGCGCAGCGCUUUGUAUGUUUGCUGCAUGUGAACAAAAUAGGGUUACGUUUACGCGAACAUGAGAGUAUUUUGAUAAUUUGCUGUUUUGGCGAUACCAUUGAGGAGUUGUCUUGACAGUUUGGUCGAUCCUUCAAACUGAAACCUAUUAGGCCUAUGCCUUCAUUGUACAAUGAUGACCGUAGAAGAUGGCUGGAGCAAGUGUGACGUGUUAUGUGGUAUCGGCUACCAGUCUCGACGGACCGCAGAACAAGAAGAGAGCACUGAAAUACGACGAUGUCUGGGAAUUGACUGCGACAAUCCUGAACAACUCGAGGCCAGCAUUGCUUGCAGUCACGGUGGAGCUACCCUCCUGAUACUUGGAAUCUUACUUGGCAUGGUCCUUGUCCUGGCAGCGUAUGGCUUCAAAAUACACCUCUUACCAAGAAUCAAAAAAGCAACUGAGAAGAAGUCGGGAUCUAAACGGAAAGCUAAAGCCAGCAAGCGUCCGCCUGCCACGGUUCCCAGAAGCGACAAAACUAAAGGUGGAGGUGAUGAAGAGGAACAUCUGUACGAGGAAAUCGAUGAAAUUCAGAGCAAAAAAACCAAAGCUAGUAACCGCUACGUCACCAUGACGUCGAAACCGAAGAAAGAAAAGAAGCAGUCUAACAAGAAACAGGAGGAGACUGAUGAUGAAUCAGAGGAUGGCUACCUUGAACCUGAUGAGAUUAAUCAACCAGGAUCGGAGGAACUUGAGAUCGAGAAACUAAGAGAAGCGCCUCCACCUCCAGGAAAAACGUCCAACUCAAAGAUUGACAAAGGGGCGCCAUCGCAUAAUGAGUACGAAAUACCGACACAGAACGACUACUUGGAGAUCGAGUAGGAUUGGAGCCCGCCCUCUAAGCUUGCUCAGCGGAGAGGAAGUGAUUCGGCUUGUGACUACUUCAGUUGUCAUGGUUUCCCAUGUUCUUAUAAAAAUCAAAUUUGUAUUUGUGAGAGGUUUAAAGUGAUUUGUGUAAUUACCAAAUCGGCUGUUCUAUUUAUUGAAUUGAUAAACGUUGCAUUCAUGCAAGCGUUUUUAACAUCUGUCAAGACUAUUCAUUGCGCGUAUGCGUAAAGCUUUUCGGAUAGGCUUAAAAUUAAUUGAUUAGGUCGGUGCUCCCGUGUGGGUUAACCCCCCACCACCACCACCAUCGCCACCACAACCACUCCAAGACACAACUUCCGGCGUCCAGCCUGGAGUGUCAUCAACUCAACCUGAGAGUUCAUCGAUCAGAUUUUGAAUGUAUAGACAAGAAAGAAUGAUGAUGUAAGAAUACUCACAAAUCCUGGCUCACCGCAGUGCAUUGAAAGUUACAAACACUCAAGAGGUCUUGGUAAAUAAAUCACUCUAAUGAAUUGAGCACCCCA